CAGGGCCGCGCCGGGCCGGGCGGUCACCCACGGCUGAGCGCGGGCGCACGGAAACAAGUGGUUCCUGAACUUGUACCAGGGAUGGGCAUGUUCUAUUCUGUGCGUCCGGAGAUGCUGCUGCUCCUCUUCUUGCCUCUGCUGCUCACAGCUGCACCAGAGUCAAAGGCUUCCCAGGUGAGGCGGCCGAGUGACCGCUGGGGCGCCUGGGGCCCGUGGAGCCCGUGCAGCAGGACGUGUGGAGGGGGCAUCAGGUUCCGGGAGCGCCCUUGCUUCUCGGAGAGGAGAGACGGAGGUGCCAGCUGCGUGGGCCCAGCCCGGAGCCAUCAAAUCUGCCACCCAGAAAGCUGCCCCCACGGCGCGCGCGACUUCCGAGCCCAGCAAUGCGCGGAGCUGGACGGCAUGGAGUUCCAGGGUCGGCGGUACCGGUGGCUGCCCUACUACGGGGCCCCAAACCAGUGUGAACUGAACUGCAUUCCCAAGGGAGAGAACUUCUACUACAGGCACAGGGAGGCCGUGGUGGACGGGACGCCCUGUGAGCCUGGCACCCGCGACGUCUGCGUGGAAGGCGCCUGCCGGGUCGUCAGCUGCGACCACAAGCUAGACUCGCUGAAGCAGGAGGACAAGUGCCUGCGGUGUGGGGGGGACGGUGCCACCUGCUACCCCGUCACGGGCACUUUUGAUGCUGAUGACCUCAGGAGAGGCUACAACCAGAUUUUCAUAAUUCCGGCCGGGGCCACCAGCAUCCGAAUCGAGGAGGCAGCCGCCAGCAGGAAUUUCCUGGCGGUGAAGAGUCUCCACGGGGAUUACUACCUCAACGGGCACUGGCGCAUCGAGGAGGCCCAGGCCCUGCCCGUGGCCAGCACUGUGCUGCACUAUGAGCGGGGCGCUGAAGGGGACCUGGUCCCUGAGCGGCUCCUGGCCCGAGGUCCCACCUCGGAACCGCUCAUCAUUGAGCUCAUCAGCCAAGAGCGCAACCCCGGCGUGCACUACGAGUACUACCUGCCGCUGGGCCGCGGCAGCCCGCGCCCCGCCUUCGGCUGGAGCCACGGCUCCUGGACCGACUGCAGCGCGGAGUGUGGAGGAGGCCAUCAGUCCCGCCUUGUGUUCUGCACCAUCGACAAUGAGAUCUACCCUGACCACAUGUGCCAGCGCCAGCCUCGCCCGGCUGACCGCCGCCCCUGCCACCUUCACCCGUGCCCGCAGACCAAGCGAUGGAAGGCAGGGCCCUGGGCUCCUUGCUCAGCCUCCUGUGGGGGUGGCUCCCAGGCCCGCUCUGUCUACUGCGUCUCCUUGGAUGGGGCCGGCGGCCAGGAGGCCGUGGACGAGGCCCACUGCGCAGGCCUGCCCGGGAAGCCGCCCUCCACCCAGGCUUGCAACCUGCAGCGCUGUGCCGCCUGGAGAGCGGAGCCCUGGGGCGAGUGCUCUGUCACCUGUGGUGCUGGUGUCCGGAGGAGGAGCGUCUCUUGCAGGAGUGCCCAGGGAUCUGUGCUCCAGGCCUCCGCCUGCUCCCUGGAGAGCCGGCCGCCCCUCAGUGAGCCUUGCGUGCUGGGGGCCUGUCCCCUCCAUGACCAGGCCUGGCACGUGGGCCCCUGGAGUCCAUGCUCCAGGAGCUGCGGCUCAGGCACUCGGAGGCGACAGGUGGUCUGUGCCCUGGGGCCGCCCAGCCACUGCGGGAGCCUGCAGCAGCCCAAGCCCGCGGAGGUGGAGUCCUGCAGCAGCCGUCCGUGCCGCCGUGCUCAGGAGGUCCCCAGUGGUCAGAACUCACAUUCCCGCCCCAGGGACCCCCGGAUGCCUUUGGGCCCACGGGUGGCCCCUUCCUCAGACCCUAGAGACCAACAGUGGGCGGAUCAGGAACGACCCUGGGCCCGGAGUAACCCCAGGGGAGAGCAGAGGCCCCACGGGUCACCUCCAGGCCCAGCCCGCUCUCCACAUCAGCUGCCCCCAAGGCCCAGCUCCGGACCUGGAGACUGCAGGCACAGCCCCCAUGGGUGCUGCCCCGAUGGACGGUCCCUGUCUCUCGGGCCGCAGUGGCAAGGCUGCCCUGGGGCCGGGGGCUCCUGUCAGCAGAGCAGGUAUGGCUGCUGUCCUGAUGGGGUAUCUGCGGCCGAGGGACCCCAGCAAGCUGGCUGUGGCAGGUCUUACAGCAGGGACAAUCCUGGCAGCCGGCCGGGCACCCAAGCAGGAGGCUUCAUGCCCCACAAAGCCCACCGGCCCCAGGCAGAGCAGAGCGAGCCCAAGGAGUGCCGGGGUUCCCAGUUUGGCUGCUGCUAUGACGACGUGACCUCCGCAGCCGGCCCGUUUGGAGAAGGCUGUGUGGACCAGCCCAAUUUCCCCUACCCUGUACGGUGUCUGCUGCCCAGUGCCCUGGGCUCCUGUACGGACUGGACCGCCCGCUGGUACUUCGUCCCAGCUGUGGGUCGGUGCAACCGCUUCUGGUUCGGCGGUUGUCAUGGUAACGCCAAUAACUUCGCCUCGGAGCAGGAGUGUAUGAGCAGCUGUCAGGCCCAGCAUGGGCCCCAUCACCACCAGCCUGGGGCCUCUGGCCAGAGCGCUCAUCUGGAUGGGGGCGGCAGCCGUCCCAGAGGCCAGCAGGAGACCAGCUGGCCCCAACAUGGGGCCACCGUUCCAAGACUUCUCCCAUCUUCCGGUGGGCCUUGGCAGGAAGAACGAGAGCGUGGGCCGGGGGAAGCGCCUCGCACCCCCUUUGGAGAACAGCCCUGGAGCCAGGAGCUUGGGCCUAGGGCCCCUGGGUUGGGCAGAGACGUUGGACAGCCGGUGCCACCUUCCCACAGCAACUCCAGGAUCAGCAAGGGUGGCUCGGAGCCCUCGCUGGUGCACGCAGCGCUGGGGCAGUUGGUGCACAUCUUCUGUCCUGACGACGCCUUCGUGGACCGCCAGGCUGGGUGGCAGAAAGAUGGCCGGCCCGUCUCCUCUGACAGGCACCAGCUGCAGUCCGAUGGCUCCCUGGUCAUCAGCCCUCUGCGGGCCGAGGACGCUGGCACCUACAGCUGCGGCAGCCUCAGGCCGGGCCAUGACCCUCAGAAGAUCCAGCUUCGGGUCACAGGGGGUGACAGGGCGGUGCCAGCUGAACCCGAGCCGAGGUACUUCCCCCAUCUCAAGGACCCUGUCCAGGGCCAUAGACCUCCAGAUCCCAGUCUAGGGGCAGAUGCUGGGGGCCGGGGCGCCAUCCCCGCCCAGUCCCGGCCCGCAACCAGACUGCGUCUAGACAGGACCCAGCCAGGGGUGGUGGACGCCAGUCCAGGCCAGCGGAUCGUGCUGACCUGUCGCGCUGAAGGCUUCCCGCCUCCAACCAUCGAGUGGCAGAGGGAUGGACAGCCGGUCUCCUCCCCCAGACACCAGCUGCAGCCCGAUGGCUCUCUGGUCAUCAGCCAAGUGGCAGUGGAAGAUGGCGACUUCUAUGCCUGCAUUGCUUUCAAUGGACAGGACAGGGACCAGCGCUGGGUCCAGCUCAGAGUUCGGGAGGAGUUGACAAUCACAGGGCUGCCUCCUACGGUGACAGUGAGCAAGGGUGACACGGCCAGGCUGCAGUGCGUGGUGGCAGGAGACAGCGUGAACAUUCGAUGGUCCAGGAACGGGCUGCCAGUGCAGGCUGAUGGCCACCGGGUACGCCAGUCCCCAGAUGGCACCCUGCUGAUCCACAACCUGCAGGCCAGGGAUGAGGGCGCCUACACAUGCAGCGCCUACAGAGGGGGUCAGACGGCCAGCCGCAGCACGGAGGUGAAGCUGGCGUCGCCAGCACCAGCGGCCCAACCCAGGGACCUGGGCAGGGAGUGCGUCGACCAGCCAGAGUUGGCCAACUGUGACUUGAUCCUGCAGGCCCAGCUCUGUGGCAAUGAGUAUUACUCCAGUUUUUGCUGUGCCAGCUGUUCCCGUCUCCAGCAUGCUGAACCUGUCUGGCAGCAGGGAUGAAGGCUAGAUCUGGCUCUAGUUCUGAAUAGUUCUCUAAGAGAAGAUAGACUCAGCCCCCCUCCCCACUCUCACCAAAUCUGUAACUGGCAAAGGAAGUCAUCUUCUGGAGAUGCCCUUCCAAAAACCCUCCCAGAGCUGAACUCAGCAGCCUCCCAUGGCCUCCCAGGGUUUGCAGAUGACAUGGCCACAGACUGCUGCUGAGUGGUCAUGAGGAGGAAUCUGUUUAGAUAGGAUAUACUUUCCUUUACCUCUUUGCAUUUCUGUGUCUACUACAGGUUGAGGAUCUCUUAUCUGAAAUGCUUGGGACCAGAAGUGUUUCAGAUCUUAGAAUAUUUGUAGACCUUAUCAGUUGAACAUCUUUAAAUCAAAUAUCUGAAGUGCUCUGAAACCUGAAA